UUACAUUACAUCCCUAUACACAGUAUAUCAAUAUAUACUGUUUAUAUUCAGAUAUGACAUCAAAUGUGCUUUAAAUGUAUAGAUAUGUUAUAUUAGACUCAUUUCGGAGAUCAGUAUUGUUGUCUUGCAUUGAAUAACCUGUUAGUCGACAAACAUAAUCACAUCAAUAAUUAUUGAUAUCAUUAUUUGAUUGCAAAGAUUAUAGUCUUCUAAAAUUACUCUUCAGAUCGACAGCUCGACUCGUAUUGUGUUUCAAAUAAAUUUCUUUCAUAUGAUGUUCUUCUGUAUAAAUAUGUGUCAAAAUGUGUGUGUUUUGGACUUAAAAUUCAGUUCAUUUGAUUACCAGAGUUAAGCAGUCAUACAAUCGUCAUGUGUUGGAUGUAUUAGAUGUGUGGUCUCUAAGGAUAACUCGAAAUCAAAUUAAACAAAUUUAAAUGACAACUAACAUCUAAAGAUGUCUCUCGAAGCAAAUUCUGGAAAUAUUGGUUACAUUUGGUCACAAUUUUCUUGUUAUUGUUGUCUUAUUAUAGGGGUUUUCAGCCAAAAAUUAUUAUUCAAAUAAUAUAUUCCUUUUGAAUAUCAGAUGAAACAGUAGUUUCAAAAAUAAAGGGAUGUUUUCGAUAUAAUAUGCAGUGGUUUUUGGAGCGCACGUCAACUCAUCAAAAGCCGACACCAUUUGAACAACAGUUGUGAAACUGUUUGCACAACUAAUUGCCUGUUAUUAUGAGUGUUCAUUAAAAAUGUUAUGAAAAAUGAGAUUAAAUUAGUGGAUGAAAUGCCUGGUCUUUGCCUAUGGAAGUGCUCGAUAAUGAUGACAAUGAAAUGCUUGAUUCAUAGCAUUAUAUAAGACUAUUAGUGACAUUAAUGCUUGCAUUGAGAAAGUGUAUGAUAAGUGAGUGCCGACACACAGAUCACACAGUUAUUAGACGACAAAUGAAUGCCUAAGCAAUUGAUUCUUAAAAAUUGAUUGAAUAUUAUGAACAGUGCGGCAGUUAUUGGACGUCAACUGCGCCAACAGCAGACCACAGGGCGCGUGUCGGGACCAUUAGUACCGCCGCAACAUUUUAAAGGUAGACCACGAACUCCUUCACAUAUCUCUGGUUUGCCGGUCGGCAGAACAUACUCACCGGCAGCCCAUUCUUUAAACACUUUAGGUCCCGACGCGGACAAGAAGUUUGCACAGUUUGCGGGCCAACACCCGCAUGAGUUUUAUCCACAUCCGGCCCAUAGAGAGAAUGCCGAUAAAGACAAAGAGGCCGAUAAACAUAAAGAUGAUGAGCCAAGACUGAGGUGCACUUGGCAUUGCUUUUGCAUUGCCAUCAAAGCACUCAGUGGUGGUAUUGUUUUACUAGUGUUAGGCACCGUUAUGUCUGUGAUUGGCUUCUUUGCCGAGCCAUUAGCUAUAGAACAAAUAACUCUACCAAACGGGACAAUAGUGCCUACAAUGGACCCGGAUACUAAACAGCAUCUCCAUAAUCUCACUUAUGUCGGACCAGUUGUCAUGGGUUUGGGUGGUAUAGUGAUUGUGGCCGCCUGUGUGCUCACCUUUGAAGUAAGGGAUACACUUGGAGUCAAAGUAGUGCCCAUAAAACCAGAAACUGCCGGUACAUUAGGUGCAUCCACAUCGAUGUCCAGUACAGUAAUCGCCAGAAAGAUGUCGUCCAUAACAGUUGACUCCGGCGGAUGUAAAGGUCGUGCAAAUGCCGGCGCUCUAACCCUUCCAUUAGCAACAAUAUCAUCGAAUAGUAAUGCAAUUGAGAGCACAAUUAGCGGUCGCAUCCAUGAGACCAUACAAGAGACUAUGUUCAAUGAGGGCGAACCUAUUCUCGGGUAUUCAGCGCCCAAUUCAUCAAAAGUUAUUAGUGGUGGUCGUCAUCAGCAGCAGGUAAGCAAACAUAGGAGAAGGUAUUCAAUUGUAGAUCAGGUUAUGCCUUCCCUCACAUCUCCUUCAAGUGGGACCAGUCAUCUGUUGAGUCCAAAUAUUGAAACCACAUAUUUUGGUUUACCGUCGCCUCAAGAAACUGAACUCAGCGAUCCUGAGGGUUGUUCACUGGUCGUGCCCUCCAAAUGGCGUUCCUCGAGGUGUUCCUGUUCAGGAUCACCAACUCAUUCCAUGUCAAUAGAACUCUAUAUGGAGGACAAUGAUCCUCCCGUUACUGUUGCUAUUGUUGAACAUCAAGAAUAUCUAUUACAACAACGUUAUAGAAAGCAGCGCCAAAAAGAAUUACCAUUGAGUCGACCUCCCAGUGAAACACAAUACCGAAAGCCAAAGAUAUUAGCGUCGAUGGAAAGCGACGGUCUGUCGUCUUCCGCUUCCGACACCAGUAGUGAUGAUUUGUUUAUUAGUCAGAAAAAAAACCAAAUGUGCAAAAACUAUGUCUCUCUUCAUAAUAGUUGUUAUGUAACACAACAUAACGUUGACAUCACUUCAUAUGAUUGUCAAUCCGAUCAAAUGACUACACCAUUGUUAAGGAACUCAUCUAUUAGUCCAUCAAAAGUAGUGAGUGUUCCGAGUGAUACCAACAAUAGCAACAAUACAACACAAGCCCACAAUACCACCGUUGGUGUAGACAAACGCUUUCCUUUACUAAGACAGGGAGCACUUGGAAAUGGAUCGGUACCACCAACGACCAGAUAACA